AUGCUCUCCCUAGACGUCUCCUCACUGUUUACAAACGUCAUGGUUACCGAGACAAUCGAAUACCUCUGCGAAUUCCUAGUGAGCAAUCAACUAGAAAUAGGAAUACCGACAAACGUACUAAAGGAACUACUACUGAAGUGCACACUCAAUGUGCAGUUCCUCUUUGACAGCCAAAUAUACAGACAAAUAGAUGGCGUUGCCAUGGGCUCGCCUCUGGGACCUCUCCUGGCUGACAUAUUCAUUGGCAAGCUCGAGAAAUUUCAACUAAACGAUCAGAUCCACAUGUUAAAGCACUACGGUCGCUACGUGGAUGAUAUCUUCUUGAUCGCCACAACCGAAACCGAUAGAGAUGCACUCUUAAACGCGGUCAAUCAAGCCCAUCCAUCCAUACAGUUCACGUAG